AUGAGUAAAGUGCAACCCGCAUUUGGUAGUUCAGAUGAAAAUCAAAGAGUUUACAACACUUAUGUGCUUAAACAUUCUGUGUAUGUGCUGAUGUGGAAUGGAAUGAAAUCAUCUGAUGAGCUUUAUGUUGAACAGCAAAUUGUGCCUGAGAUAGCGGUUAAUGUUGAACAUAGUCUUUGUUCUCAAGCAAAUAAUUCAUAUAAUAUGAUUGUCUAG